AGAAGAGAGGACCCCAGUCCACUCGUCCUGGACCUGCACUAGAAGACAUAUGAGUUGUCAUCAGAAACCAUUUUGCUCUCUGAUAUGGAUUCAACCUGCAGCUCCUGACGUUUGCUGAGAGGAUUGUGAGGAGGAGACGCUGGAGCAUUCACACAGCAGGAAGAUAGAGCGGCAGACCAAAGUUAAGUUUGUGAUGGAGGAAGCCGCAGAGGACGGAGACAAGAUGACCAGCCAGCAGGUUCUGUGUGUCCUUGAUCAGGAGACCAGGAAACGCCCGAGCAUCUCCACUCUCAAAUGGUUCAUCGUGGCGCUGUCCUUCGCCUGCUUCUCCAAGGCUCUGACAGGAACCUACAUGAAGAGCUCCAUCACUCAGAUCGAGAGACGCUUCGACCUCUCCAGCACGCACGUCGGACUCAUCGAUGGCAGUUUUGAGAUGGGCAACUUGUUGUUUCUUGCUGUGGUCAGCUAUUUUGGGGCCAAGCUUCAUCGGCCCAGACUCAUUGCUGUAGGCUGUUUCCUCAUGGCUGUGGGGGCCUUUGUCACCGGCCUCACACACUUCUUCAUGGGACGCUACAAGUACAACACAGUCAUUCAGCUUUUCCAGAACGACAGUGUGAACAUCGCCCCCUGUGCGGAUCCACUGAAAACAGAAGUACCUGGAAUUCAGAUACAACCUUCUGUAGAAGACAACAAAGCCUGUGUGAGGGAGUCCGGCUCCAACAUGUGGAUCUAUGUGUUCCUGGGGAACGCUCUGCGUGGGAUCGGAGAAACCCCGGUCACACCUCUGGGAAUCUCUUACAUCGACGACUUCGCAAAAGCGGAAAACUCGCCCUUCUACAUCGCUUGUCUCCAGACCAUCACUCUUCUGGGCCCCAUGUUUGGUUUCCUCCUGGGCUCCUACUGUGCCAAACUGUAUGUUGACAUUGGAUAUGUUGAUAUCGAAAGUGUGACCAUCACUCCUAAAGAUGCCCGCUGGGUGGGCGCAUGGUGGUUGGGCUUCAUGGUGUCUUCCGGCCUCCUGCUCCUCUCCAGCAUUCCCUUUUGGUUCCUGCCCCGCUUGCUGCCAAAGCAGGGGGGAGAGGACGGCAAGCCAACUUCUGCACAUGAGACGCUAGAUGGGACAGAGGAAGCCACCAACAAUCAUCACAACCUCAAGCUAACUGACAUCGCUAAAGGGUUUCUUCCCUCGCUGAAGCGCCUGUUGGGAACUCCUGUCUACUUCCUGCUCCUUUGUGGGAGCAUCCUGAAGUUCAACUCUUUCAUUGGCCUGUUCACCUUCAAAGCCAAAUACAUGGAACAACAGUUUGGACAGUCUGCCUCCAGAGCCAACUUCCUCAUAGGUGUGUUGAACCUGCCUGCGGUGGCGUUGGGGAUUUUCCUGGGAGGACUGCUGAUGAAGAGGUAUAAACUGAGUUUGGUGUCGGGAGCUCAGCUCUCCUUUGCCACUUCCUUCAUGGCGUACCUCCUCCUGCUGCUGCAGUUUGGCACCAAGUGUGACAACCUCCCCAUGGCUGGGCUCACCAUCUCAUACAACGGCAGGACGCAGCGUGUAUCAUCCGACAGGGAUGUGCUCUUCUCAGAGUGCAACAGAGACUGCUCGUGUUCGGCAGAGGAGUGGGACCCUGUGUGCUCAGACAGCGGCAUCACCUACAUCUCUCCGUGUAUGGCUGGCUGCCUCAGCUCCAGUGGAUACGGCAAGAACACCGUCUUUCACAAUUGCAGCUGUGUAUCCGCCUCCUUGCCAGCAGGCAGCAGCUCGUCCGUGCGGCUGGGUCAGUGUCCUCAUACAGAGGACUGUAGCCGUAGUUUCACCUCCUACAUGGCUGUGUCUGUUCUCAGCUCCUUCAUCAACUCUCUGGGAGCCACACCUGGCUACAUGGUCAUCAUACGAUGCAUCUCACCAGAUCUCAAAUCCCUUGCGCUGGGUAUCCAGACGUUGGUAACUAGGACUCUUGGUGGACUUCCUGCACCAGUGUAUUUCGGAGCCCUGAUUGACUCAACUUGCCUACAGUGGUCGGUCAAACAGUGCGGGGGCAGGGGAGCAUGUCGCAUCUAUGACUCUGAUAUGUACAGGAUGAUCUUCCUCGGUCUGCUUACUUGUCUCAGUGGUUCCUCGUAUUUCUUCAUCAUCGCCGUCAUCGUCCUCCUCAGAAAACAAUUUGGGAAACCAGAGCGAGAAACGCCAACGCCGAAUAUAAAAGCUUCAAAGGAAAAGGGAAUUGAACUUCAAGCCCCAUCACAUACCAAUGAGGACCAGCCUGGUGCUCCACAACCGCAUGAGGCUCCCAAAGUGUUGCUUAGGAUCGAAUCGGAGGACGGAGGGGAGCUUCACAGUAAAGAGCAGCUACAUGAUGGCAGCUCCACAAACAGCCCCCAGGAGAGGAAACAGCCUCCACCACUGACAGAGAACACUGUUGAGACCACUCCUCUUCCAAGUGAGGAAGCAACGAUAGAGAUGCACGGGCUGAAGUCAGAGGAGGACGUGCAAGAGGGAAAAGACAAAGAGAGAAAUGCACAGGUGGAAAAAGAGGACCGUCUCACAGAGGACGAGGAGUUCGAGAAAGAAAGGAGCAAAGAGAGUGACGGCCACAAAACUGAGCUGCUCACCAAUGUGGUCUGAAACAAGUGGAACCGCUCUAGAAAUGUUCCUGAG